CAACUUGGGUAAACAGCUUUAAAAAAAAAAAAAAAAAAACAGGACCUGUUUAAGAAAGUAUGCCUUUUCUGUCUUUUUGAUGUCUGUUUUUCCACUUUCAUAUAACAUCAGUCCAAUUUAAUAGGUUGGUGCAAUUCCAUAACAAAAAAACUUAAAAUGGGGAAAAAUGCAUAUAAACGUUGGUGUUAUAUUUAACCAAAAACAAAAUUUUGACAUUUCCAAAUGCUGAUAGUAUCCUCUUAAACUGACAGAAUCACGUUUUACUUUUUAUUUAUACUUUUAUUUACUUCUUUUAAUUUCAUUUCUUCACUCUCCGUACAAUUGUUGGAGGCAAUCAGUGCUUCAAAUGUUCGCUCUAAGUUUAGACACUUGCACAGAGGUGGGGCUGCCUUGUCACACUUUCCACACUGACUGUUGUGAGAACAGUCCAUCACACAGUAGUAGUGUCUCAUGUCUCUUUAAAUGCGGGUUGCGUAGAUCCUUCAUGAAUGAAACCAUGUGAUCCAAACAUCAUUUGACGUCUGGCGCCUCCGACCAUAAAGGAGUGGAUAUAUCUAGAGACCUGCGAGAAGGCGUGAGCGGAAAAAAACAUUUCUCCAACUGCCUCUCCUCCACACCGGGUCGACCAACCAUCGGCGAACCCCAACCUUCGAAGGUGCGGUGGGUGAAAGGCGCGCCGGUUUGACUUCUGGUGAGUCAGCUUUGACUAAAUCAAAACUGAAUUUCCAUUCAAAAACUGCUGAAUAUAGACGUGCUGUUUUGCUGAGUGUGCACGGCCACCACCGCUGCCAUGCCGUUAUCGCCGCCAAGUGCGCUCGCACUUAUGUUACCGCUUGUCCCGGUGCGCUGCGGCCGCCGCCGCUGCUGCCGCUGCCGCCGCUGCGCUGUCCUGUUCAGCCGAACUCACAGCAGCGCCGCUGCCGUUUAAAGGGCAGUAGUCUGGUAGUGCUGAAUCAUCACGAACCGGUCGUCAUCCAGCUCCGUACAUGCUCUACCGAGACCGGGUCGGUCGCUCGACCGCCACGCCGACCGUUCAUCCGGCGAUUUCAUAACAACACAGACAAAGGGGGUGUACGUUACGUACGGUUGUCAAGCUUAAAAAGAAGCCAUGUGUCGGAAUUAGAAGACCGUGCGGGGAGUUCGAGAGCAAGUCCUCUUUCUGUGCCGCUGGUACGCCCGGGGAUUCCCUUGUUUUCUGCCUACUAAAUGACUAAAUAUUUAGAAAGGUGAAAGAAAGAGGAUAUAUGGGAUACAUUUGAACGUAGAGUAACAACUUAGGACAGCGGAAACCUUCGAAAACAACACAUAACCUCAACGUUAGCUUCUCCGACUGUCCUCUCUUCGGGGUGCUGAAGCGGCAGCGGUGGACACAAACUGAAGCGACCCGCUGUCGCUUCACAAACUGACUCUGUUGUCUGUUGCUGCUGCACAGGUCUGUUCAGAAGAGCAAGGCUCCUGUGGCAUGACGACGCCUAACAAAGGAAAUAAAGCCUUGAAGGUGAAGCGCGAGCCGGGGGAGAAUGGCACUAGCCUCACAGACGAGGAGCUGGUGACCAUGUCAGUGCGGGAGCUGAACCAGCACCUCCGAGGGCUCUCCAAAGAAGAGAUCCUGCAACUGAAACAGCGGCGGCGCACCCUGAAGAACCGGGGCUAUGCUGCCAGCUGCCGGGUGAAGCGUGUCACCCAGAAGGAGGAGCUGGAAAAGCAGAAGGCCCAGCUGCAGCAGGAGGUGGACAAACUGGCCAAUGAGAAUGCUUCGAUGCGCGUUGAGCUGGACGCUCUGAGGUCUAAGUACGAGGCGUUACAGACCUUCGCCAGGACUGUGGCACGGAGCCCCACUGUUGGGGUCGGGGUCAGGGCUGGAGGGGGUGGAGGAGGGGUGGCAUCAUCAGUCAUCGGUCCACUCAUACCAGGGAAAGUGGCAACAGCGACGAGUGUGAUUACAAUAGUGAAGUCAAAAACAGAUGCACGGUCUUGAGGGAGGGAAAGAUAGAUGAGGAUGUAUCGGGAUGGAGUUCAGCUGAAUCAGAGUAAUUCUUCUUCUCUACUGCUCCCCUGUCCUCCACCUGCACUGACUCCAAACAGCUGGGCGGUCUCGACCUCUUUGUCUCAGCAUGUUCCUGUCACCUGUCUCAGAUCAGUGCAGGUGAAGGAAAGGAUGGAAGCAGAGGACAGUUAUUGAGACUAUAAAGAUGCAAGCCCUUGGUCAGCGCAUGAUCAUUUAGCACAGCACAGAUAGACAGGGUUCCUAUGGUCACUGAAAGCCUGGAUAAGUCAGAGAAUUUGAGAAUUGGUUUAUUCCAGGCCAAGGAAAAAAUUUUAAAAAACAUAAAUGCCCCAAACUCUUUGGAAUAAUCAUCCAAUUUUGUUCAGUUGCCAUUUAAAUCAGUCAAAUGUUCAGUGUCAGGUUUUACUGCUGGUUGAUUUAGAUAUCUGCAAAUCCAAAAUAAUCCUCACACAUUUGCACACUAGAUCUGAAGUGGUCAUUUGACUGAACCAAGAUGUCCAACAUUAAAUUAACUCCAAAAAUAUUCUAAAACAUAGAUUACAUAUGGUCCCUGAGUUCCAAAAGAAUACACAAGAUUUCACGUGACCUGCUGAUUUCAGUGGCUGCAGAGAAGUCCCAUCUUGCUCCACCUAGCCAAGAACUUUUUCAGAAAAGUACUAUAGAAAAAUAUAUAUUACACAAUGGUGGUAACUGUAUUUCUACUGUUUUGUACUGUGUUGUCAUUCACAUGAGGUCCAAAGUGUAUUCUCUGUGUGUGAAUUGUUAUAUAUCAGGAAUUCUGUGAAAUUCUGUGGCGCGUGUUCGUUUUGGUAUUGCUAUAUUUAGUUAGCUGUAUUUUUUUCUACGGUCUCUUCACUUUCUAUGUCCGACUCUCUCUCGCUCUCCCUUAUCUAUUAUUUCUCUGUCCUUCCAUUUUUUCAAUUCCAACUGGCUUCCAUUAUAACAUACAGUACUUCCUGGAUCUAACAGAAAGAGGAGAGAAAAGGACAAUUGAUAUUUACCAAAAAAAAAAAAAAAAUGCAACAUACAAUAGAAAAAAGGAGAUAAAGUUAUUGAAAGUCAGUGACCUUAUCUCAGGUGGUGAGAAUUUUCAGGGAAAUGGUCGUUUGAACACUUGAGCUGAAUUAAGAUACAGUUGUCUUCUGUCUGUUUGAGUUCCUCUCAAAAGUAUAUAUUUGAGAAAUUUGGAAGGGCAAGUGCCUUGGUCUCCUAAUGUUAUGCAUCAAGAAGAAGUCAAGAGGACAUGAGGAAUUGUGGAAGGACGGUGGAGAUUCAGUGGAGGUGUUUGCUUAUACCUGUGCUUAUUGGGAUACACUGACCAAUCAGGAAUCGGAUUGUGACAGCAAUUAACUCUCGCUGUGCAUUGUUGUAUGAGCUGUGUAGUAGCCAGCAGGAUUAAUAACAAUACUAAUAACACCCAUUUAUGUGACUUGGCAGUUCAUCCGCUUAAAGAAAAAAAUGAAUGGGUCUGCAAAACAGCACGCCCCAUUUACCCUUGUUUUUUUUUGUUUUUUAACACAGAAUAUGCUUUUUGGAAAGGUAAUAUUCUGUUAUGAGCAAAAGUCCAUGAAUCAGUUUUAUGUUAUUUACUUGAUUCUUAUGUUUAUGAAUUUGACUGAAUCGGAAAUCUAAGUUAUUACACCAACAGCAACAUUUUUGCUCCAAAACAAAGUUGUUUAUGUUGCAUUCCUCUUGUUUUUAACCACAAAGCUCACUUUGCAAGAGCAAAUGUGAUCACUGGCAGUGCAGUCAGCUAGCAAGGAUAACAAAGAUAUUGCUCUGAAUUUCCCGUCACACAAAUGGGCUGUCAUCUCACAUGAGCUUUACCAUAAAAGUAGUCUUAUGUGGUGUUCUAUACUCAAAGAAUCUUUGUCUAUGUAUGGUAGAGUCUGGAGUUUUAUAAAGACAAUUAUCUUUGCAUUGUUUGUAACGACCUGUAAAAAAAAAAAAAAAAAAAAAAAAGGUAUAGCGAAAUCUGUUUGAUAUACAGUAUCUCUCUAUUUUGCAAUUGUACCAAAAGUGGCUUAACUACUGAAUAGCUUUGUUUUUUCUCUAGUGACUAGGCACGUGUGUGUAACCGUGAACUAGCGUGUGGUGUGCUGUGUAGGUAUGUGACGAGGUAACUAUAAUGUUCACUAUUUCAUGGAUAUGACUUUGAUUCUUGUUUGAUUUCAGGCCGAAGCGGGUGAUAACACUGUUGGUGACUGCACUCUUUCUCUAAUCCUAAAAUCUUUGUCCUCCUGGCCCCAUUAUUCAGCUCCAACACUGCAGACGUGUUAGAUCAUUUGUUAAUCUGCUCGUAAUCUGCACUAAUUAUUUGUAAAUUUUAGGAAGUUCUUUUAUGACAGAGCCAUUUACUGUGUUUCUGAACAGGCCUUUGUGGCUGUAUUUUGGUUCUUGCAGUGUUCAGAGAUAAUUAGUGCAGGUAACAUGACCAAUGAGAUGAGGAAGUGUUAUGGUUAACCUCACAAGCUUCAUAAUAUGUGUAUUCAGGACAUCUGGCAACAGAGAUGUGAAACUCAACAAUGGGCCUGUAUAUCACCCCUACUCCUUCAGUAAGUUAUUUUUUGUAGUGUGUGAUAAAUUUGUUUUUGCUGUGUACAUUUUAUAUAGUUCUGUAUAUUUAAUGUUGUUCCAGUUUUAUUUGCUUUUGAACUGUUCUGUAAGUGUCAGGGAAGUGAAAUAACAUUUGUUAUUGUAUUCGGUGUUUUAUGAAGUGAAGAAAAUCUAUUCUGCUAUUAAUGGGUUGUCUGUCAAAGAGUGAGGUUUACCAUUAUUAAGUACAAUUGCCUCAAACAGUUUUUUAACCAAGGAAAACCAGAUUUAAAUUGAGUCAUUUACUGAACUAGAAGCAAUUUACAAUGUUAAAAACAUUACAUACAAGCAGCCUUUUACCUGGACCGCUACUUUUCCACUGUGAAGAAAAAGGGGUUAUCGAGCCUACUGCUGUGCAGUUAUUAAGAUUAGUAAGGUGUGUCCUCAUCUGUACAGUACAUUAAUAUAGAACAGGAUUCAAACAGGUGAACAAUGAGCAAAGGCAUAGGAAGGGAAUGGGUUUGAGAUUUUUAAAUAUUAUUUCUCCAUAAUCUUUACACUGAUAACCAUUUGCAUGUUCAGUCGACCGUGAAACCAGAGAACUAUAAAUGUCAAAUCAAAAUGUCCAAUACAUUUUUUUUAAAUGUCUUAUCACAGGAAUAUACUCCAUGGUAUUCAGAUACAAACAUACAUAGGUAUCAUGCCCAUUUUAUUUAUGUAUUUCUUUAAAUUUGAAAAGAUUUGCCCUGUUUUUAUGGGCAGAAUGCUAUUAUUUGAUUUUAUACUGGAUUUUUUUGUUUUCAUGUAUUCUUUCCUCUGUCACUCUGUUGCUUCCUGUCUGUCUUUACAUUUACUUGUUGAAUGUUGUUUUUCAGUUGUUUUUUUUUACCAGCAAGUCCUGUGUGGUGUGUGUGGUCAUGUGGUAUAAAAUAGGAAGAAGCACAAUGUGCUGAGAUUAGGUCUUUGUCAAUUUGAAGCAAAAUAUGAAACCUGGAACUUGUCAAACUAUACGUACUGUAUGUGCCACUGUCAGACAAUAUGUUUUCACCUACUUUGUAUUUUUAUGCUUCUCUAGUUUAAAAAGGAUACAUACUGUGUAAACAUAAGUGUGUCAACAUGGUGGCUGCUGUUAAAUAGACAUCUCUAAUUAUGCAAAAACUGUGUAGGGCAAAAUUAGAACUCCUGCCACACAGGGGGAGUGAUGCUAUCGUAGUCGUCGUGUCAAGUUGUCUGUUUUAUAAUCGCAGGUACAGUGUGAUGUGACAAGGUUACAGAGCUUAUAUACAGAGUGUUUAGCAUUUUAUACUUGGUUAUAAAUGCCAGCGUCAAUUUGUCUCCGUUAAAUCUGGCUUAUGUGUUGUGGCUUACCUUGCUUUUUUCCCAGUGUCACUUAAUAAUUAACUGUGAAAACAUGAAAUCACCAAAUAUUUUUUAUCCAUCGCCAAUUCAGAAGAAAACGGGAUGCAAAAUAUACUGUAGCUGAAAUGCAAAGCCUCCACUCACACUUAACAAUAUCAUUAUUUUUGUCUUCCAGACUCAAAUGUCUUUGGGUCUUAGUAUUUCUCCAAUGUGAAGCAGUGUGUUGGGUCUCUAAAUAAAUGAGGUGAAAUAUUACAGAACUUUAAUCCUAAUUUUCACUCAGCAGACAUGAUCAGAUGACAGCAGUGACCUUUAGUGAUCUUCAGACAGGGCAGCUUGGUGGCUUUCCAUAACAGAGUUUAUGAGCUUGUAAGGCACGCUGACCUUAUUUUCCCACUGUCUGUACAGAGGUCAUACCCUCCUUAUGAAAAGACAUUUCAUCACAAACCCAAGCAACCACUCCUAAACCGCAUCUAUUAAUAUUUUACAGAGGCAGAGAGGAGCGGUGGAGACACAUCUGAUAAAACUCUUACCCAUUUCCCACCCCACUGAUCCUAUCCCUUCGUUCAAAGUGUCUGAACUCAGCAAGCCCUUCCUCAAAACAUUUGAUUCUUCUGGAAGAUGCAAAUCAUUAACUCCUUAUCUUGCUGCGGGGCCAAUCGGUUCGCAGCCAUUCACUUGUUUUCCCGUCUAGUGAAUCACGCCACCGGACUCUAAAAGUCCUUUAACCUUUCUCCGAUGCCAAUCGAUGAGAGUGAAUGAAGCAAGGAUUCCUUUGAUCAUUUUUUUUUUUUUUUUUUUUUUGUUUUUUUUUGUUUUCAUCAAUAAUAAUGUUUGUUUUUUGUCACCCCCUUCUGCUGCUCUCUCUCACUCUCUGCUGCCCCGGCCCUCAUCAGUUGUUGUUAACCUUGAACAUAAAAUCAUACUCAGAGUUCAGGUAUCACAUUAUAUUAACUUUUUUAUUUCCUUUUGUAACAGCCUCCCUCUCUUAUUUCAUUUUCAUUUUUCGUUUAUGUGUUUAGUCGACAUUAAUCGACAUUACUGUACAUGUGCCGGCUGGUUAAUUCAACACUUUUUCCCAUUAAAAACCACGUGUGUCUGCUGGUGAGCAUUUGGCCAGGUUGCUCUGGGGAGCUGGGAUAUUUUUUGUGUUUCUAAAAGUAUAUAACGGUCAGUUUAAAGCUAUAGAAGAAAAGCCCUUGUAAUAGGAAAUUCUGUGUUUUGUAAUAUUUCUGUAUGGGGUGUAAUAAAUUAUUCUACGACAGUACUUUCUAUGGGAAAAUACUUAAAAUGUGACAGUCUUUGUAAGUAUUUAUCUUCAACUAAAUUAUUGUACUUUUUUUGCAAUUUGUAGAUAUGUAAGUGAUGAUGACAAGGUACUGGUAAUCAUGAAAUUAACUGUUUCAUCAUCGGUCUGAUGCAUCUUUUAAUUUAUUGAUGUAUAUACUGUAUGUUUGUUGAUAAACAGCUUACUUUAUUUUGUAUAUGACCAAUAAACAUGUUUUAAAAUGGAA